AUGGAGAAGAUCUCCACGGCCAUCAUGAACUUCCCCUUGGUGCUCAGGACAAUACUUAAGAACUACCAGCACUUCCUCGCCUUUGUAUUCACCAUCACUGAGCUCAACAAUGAUCCAACCCUCCUUCCCAACACAACACUCGGCUUCCGCAUCUUUGAACACAAGGAUAUUAUCCGAAGGAUGCAUGAGAACAGCCUCUCUCUGCUUUCCACUCGGGGACAACGGAUUCCCAAUUAUAAAUGUAGCAGGAAGGAUAAACUCCUUUCCAUUAUUGGGGGACUCGACUCCCAAUCUUCAAGGGAGAUCGCAUCCUUAAUGGGCAUCUACAAGAUCCCACAGCUCGGUUAUGGCUUCUUUGACAAUACUGAGGAAGAGAAAAAGGCAUUUCCUUCCUUCUAUCGGAUUGAUCCCAACGAAAUUCCUGAGUAUGUGGGCUUAGUCCAGCUGCUCCUGCAUUUCCACUGGAACUGGAUUGGGCUGGUUGCUCCCAGUGAUGAACGUGGUGAAAAUUUCAUCCAGUCCCUGAUGCCAAUGCUCAAGCAGAAGGACAUCUGUGUGGCCUUCACUGAAAUGUUCAAGUCAACGGACCCGCACCAUCGUCAGCGAAUCAAAACUGGGUCUAUUCCUAGUUCUUGGUUUGAACCCAAAAUUCUUGUCCCUUUGGUGACCGUCCGGUUUAAUAACAGUGCCGGGGACGAAGUCUCUUUCACAGAAACUGGCAAGAGAUACAAUAUCCUGAAUUGGACCAUCUUCCCAAAUGGAUCUGUUUGUCCUGUGAAAGUUGGAGGAGUGGAUUCAGGGGCACCCAAAGGCCAAGAAUUAAUCAUUCAGCCUGAUGCGAUCGUGUGGGCUACGGAGACACCUUUUGCAAGGUGUGUGGAGAGGUGUUCUCCAGGGCACAGGAGAAAAGUUCCAGAGGAGAAGCAGGUUUGCUGCUACAGAUGUGACCGUUGUCCGGAUGGGACUAUUUCUAACUCAACAGAUGCGGCUCGCUGUGUCCCAUGCCCAGAAGAUCGACAUGCAAACAGGAACCAAGACCAGUGUAUCCCCAAGAAGGUCCACUUCCUUUCCUAUCAAGAGAUAUUGGGGUUUGUUUUAGCAUCUCUGGCUCUUUUCCUCUCUCUCAUCACACUCCUUGUGCUAGCAACCUUCAUUCAACACCGUGACACACCAAUUGUCAAAGCCAACAACCGAGACCUCACCUACGUCCUCCUCGUCUCCCUCCUGCUCUGCUUCCUCUGUUCCUUCCUGUUCAUCGGACGACCCACAAAGGUCACCUGUCUUCUCCGACAAGUUGCCUUCGGUAUCACCUUCUCUGUUGCUGUUGCUUCCAUUUUGGCAAAAACUGUCAUGGUGGUUCUGGCCUUCAUGGCCACCAAGCCAGGAAACAUGGCAAGAAAACUCAUGGGGAGACAAUUGACAAACUCCAUUGUCCUGGCCUGUCCCCUCAUCCAAGUUCUUAUCUGUACUAUAUGGCUGGUGACCUCACCUCCAUUCCCAAACUUGGACUUCCACUCCCUGGCAGGGGAGAUCAUAGUGGAAUGUAAUGAAGGGUCUGACACCAUGUUUUACACUGUCUUGGGCUACAUGGGCUUCUUGUCACUCAUUAGUUUUACUGUGGCUUUUCAAGCAAGAAAAUUGCCCGACAGCUUUAAUGAAGCCAAGUUUAUCACCUUCAGCAUGCUGGUCUUUUGCAGUGUUUGGAUCUCCUUUGUGCCUACCUACCUGAGCACUAAGGGGAAGACCAUGGUGGCCGUGGAGGUCUUCUCCAUCUUGGCCUCUGGUGCUGGUCUCCUGGGUUGCAUCUUUCUCCCCAAAUGCUACAUUAUUGUGCUGAGACCCAAUCUCAACACGAGGGAUCAUCUAAUAAGGAAACAGAAUUGA